GCUGGGGGGGCGGUGGCAUGUAGACUGCCAACCUUGCGACAUUUCAAACCUUCCUCCUGCAUGUGGAACAGCCGUGUUUUGUGAAACAACGAAAAUGAAUGUCAACUUCAUGUGCGGUCUAAGAAGUACUUUCUGGAGUAUUUCAAGGAGAAAAAUUGACUGCGUGGCAAGCUCUCAGGUUUCUUACAUCUCUGCGAGGAAUUCGUCAGAUAUCCCAAAGAAUACUAUAGCACACAUUUAUUCUGCAUCUAGUCAGCCAGAAAAUGGACGUAUUUAUGACUACAAGCCUUUUAGAAUGAGGUUGUAUCCGAAAAAAGAUUAUCACUGGUGUCUGUGUGGCUACAGUAAAUCUCAGCCUUUGUGUGAUGGAACACACAAGCUUCCUCAAUAUAAAUGUACUUUGAAGCCAAUCAAGUUUCAAGUUGAAGAAGAAGAUGAUUAUUAUCUGUGUAACUGCAAACAGACCAAACUACGUCCAUUUUGUGAUGGGACUCACAAGACAUUAUUGUGAUACACUAGAUGAUUCAUUGUCAAUUGUAGACUUGUAAAUUUAUUGUUACUUUUUUGUUACGUGGCUCUAGUUCCAAUUUUAUUUGGGAAACCAAACUUUUUCAUUGCCUGCAAAUGAACCCCAUUGGCUUUAAACAUAAUUUUUCACAACUGUUGCAUUUUCUUGUUGACUUUUGAAUUAUUUAUAUGUGUAGAAUACAAAAGAAAGGAGAGCAUACAGAUAGAUUUUUCAUUAACUUCAACUUAAUCUGAAGAUUAUCUACUUCUUAAUGAAAUAAUAAGAGUAUCUGGACACAUUUGUACUAUGUUUGUUUUUACAAAGAAUAAAGAACAAUCUUACAAUUA